CUUAUGACCUUUCUCAAUGAUCCCAGUCCUUCCUCUGUUAAACACAUUUUCAGAGGAAAUAACAGUAGUCCUCUGCAGCCAAUCAGCGGGCUGGGUGCUCUGCAGCCAAUCAGCGGGCUGGGUGCUCUGCAGCCAAUCAGCGGGCUGGGUGCUCUGCAGCCGUCCCUCACUGAGUCAUGUGCCGAACAGGCGUAAAGUUACAACAGGUUCGACCUGCUGCCGAGCGACCGUCUAUUCCUGCGAGGGCUUGUUUAUCUGGAUUUAUCUCUGGAGCCGAAAUAUUUAUUCAAACACUUGUUUUAAGGAUUUAUUCUGUUUUUUUAUUUUUUCAUUUAUUGACCAAGAUGGGUUGCGCUGGAUUCACCUGUUCCAAACACUCCCUGGUCGCGCUCAACAUCCUCUAUGUUAUGGUGAGCCUGCUGAUGAUCGGCAUCGCAGCGUGGGGGAAGUGGUUCGGCCUGGUCUCCAGUUUCCAGGUGGUGGGAGGCAUCAUCGCUGUGGGCGUCUUCCUCUUCUUCGUGGCCGUGGCCGGCCUUAUCGGGGCCAUGAAGCACCACCAGGUCCUGCUCUUCUUUUACAUGAUCGUCCUGUUCAUGGUGUUUGUUGUGCAGUUCUCUGUUUCCAGCGCCUGUUUGGCCAUCAACAGAGAGCAACAGGAUCAGCUGCUGGAGGUGGGCUGGAACAACUCUCAGAGCACUCAGAGGGACGUGGAGAAGAGCCUCAACUGCUGUGGCUUCAAAAAGGUGGAGCCCAACCUCCCCUGUGAUGCUGCUUGUUUCCCCAACCACUCGUGUCUGCCCUGUGCAGAUAAGAUCCAGGAACAUGCAGGAGAAGUUCUUCGCUUUGUAGGAGGGAUCGGACUGUUUUUCAGCUUCACCGAGAUUCUGGGAGUGUGGUUCACGUAUCGCUACAGGAACCAGAAGGACCCCCGAGCCAACCCCAGUGCUUUCCUGUGAGUCCGCUGUCCCCUCACUCCUCUUCUCUGGGCUUUAACUGUAAAUACCAGACUGACCUGUGUGUUUCCACUGAUGGUUGCAGCAACACUGUUAUAAUGUUUUUCAAGAGUGAAGUGUGUUCUGAAGUGUUUGUGUGUGAAGGAACAGCACACAUGUUGCGUCCGCUGCUCUGCAACAUAUACAGUUAGUACACUGAGCACUUCUGUCUGCAGCAGUCUGCUGUGUAUUCAUAAAGUAUUUAUGUUGAGCCUGAACACUGUGUUGUUCUUUUGUUGUUGUUUGUUUGUCUGCCCCACUGAAUGCAAUGUCAACGGCUGCUCUGCAUGUGUGCAUGUGUGUGUGUGUGUGUGUGUGUGUGUGUGUGUGUGUGUGUGUGUGUGUGUGUGUGUGUGUGCAUGUGUGCAUGUGUGCAUGUGUCUGUGUGUGUGUG